CAGCAAAAUCACGGGACCGAAAAAAAGAAGGGAAAAUUGUUUGGAGGACAUCCAAACAGAGUCUUCAUCAGAGGCUUAGGAUUAUUUGGCGAGGCCAGUUUUUUGUCAUACUCCUCGCUCCGCUGAAACAAAAAACCUAACUUCUCAAACCCACCAAAGAGACCAUCAAAACCAACCAUAUAUAACGUAACACUUACACUCGCUGCCCGCCCAUACGCACACGGCGAAGAAAGAGAGAUUCACCUAACCACUUUCUCUCUCUUCCCACGCCUACUUUCCUUCCUCUUCAAGCUUACAGUCCCUCUCUCGUUUUCACCGCUUCCUCUGUCUGAUUCUUCAAUCCAAAACCCACUUUUAUUUUUCAUUACAUAUAUAUAUAUAUACAUUGUCACAAGCCCAUAUUGUUCUCGUCACUUUCUGCGGAAUCGUAUGCGUAUAUAUAUUCUUUUUGAGUUCUCUGUUAUUUCCCAAAUUCUAAAAAUGGUUUCUUUGGAUACCCAUUUGCCCAAAAAUCAAAUAUUCGUUUGUUGUUAGGCGCUGUGAAUUUGCCUAAUUUUAUGGAAGAAAUGGAUUUGGGUAUUCACUGAAACCUAGCCCAAAAAAAAUAAAUAAAUAAUAUCUUGUUUUUCCGAGAUUCUGAUUAAUGGGUAAGAAAGGAAUCCAACUGUUCGACGAUGGAAGAGAAGGGUUUUUCUCCGUUUGUAAUUUGGGGUCUCAAUGGAGUUUCCAGGACGGUUCUUACCGCCCCGGAGGCUUAUUUGCGAGCGUCGGUCAAGUGGGAAUGGGGUUCGGCGUUUCACCGAAUACUCCGAAUCCCCGAGACGACGAUGGUGGUGGCGGCGGCGGUGGUGGUGGCAUGAAACUUCCGUUCACCGACUUGUACGUUAAAUAUGUGGAUGGUGUUAGGAAUGGUGGGUUUAAGGAAGAGGAAGGAGUGGUAAAGAAGAAGAAGAAGAACGGUCUUAAAUUGAAAGUUAAGAUUUCGAAUCCUUCACUGAGGAGGUUGAUAAGUGGUGCGAUAGCUGGGGCGAUUUCCCGAACUGCUGUUGCCCCGUUGGAGACGAUAAGGACUCAUUUGAUGGUUGGGAGUAGUGGUCAUUCUACUACUGAGGUCUUCCAUGAUAUUAUGAAAACCGAUGGGUGGCAGGGAUUGUUUAGAGGAAAUUUUGUUAAUGUGAUUCGGGUUGCACCAAGCAAAGCGAUAGAGCUCUUUGCUUAUGAUACAGUUAACAAGCAGUUAUCAUCCAAACCUGGAGAGCAACAUAAACUCCCAAUUCCUGCCUCACUGAUUGCUGGUGCCUGUGCAGGAGUUAGCUCGACAUUGUGCACAUAUCCUCUUGAAUUACUCAAGACCCGACUAACCAUACAGAGAGGUGUUUAUGAUGGUCUUUUUGAUGCAUUCUUAAAAAUACUUAGAGAAGAGGGGCCAGCAGAACUCUACAGAGGUCUGGCCCCAAGUCUCAUUGGAGUAAUUCCAUAUGCCGCCACCAAUUACUUUGCUUACGACACGUUACGGAAAACCUACCGAAAAGUCUUUAAGCAAGAGAAGAUUGGUAACAUUGAGACCCUUCUAAUUGGAUCAGCAGCUGGUGCUAUUUCGAGUUCUGCAACUUUCCCACUUGAGGUAGCUCGCAAGCACAUGCAGGUUGGCGCUCUAAGUGGAAGGCAGGUGUACAGAGAUGUACUUCACGCACUUGCAAGCAUACUUGAACAAGAAGGUAUUCAGGGUUUAUAUAAGGGGCUGGGUCCUAGCUGCAUGAAAUUGGUCCCUGCUGCUGGAAUUUCAUUUAUGUGUUACGAGGCAUGCAAAAGAAUACUGGUAGAGAAUGAUGAAGAAGCAUAGGAAGUACUUCAGAAGAAAUAAAUGGAUGUUUGUAUUCUGCGUUUGCAGAACCAGGGAGAGGAGAACUGGGGAUAGUUUCUACGGGUUUUAUUUAUUUUUCUGCAAUUUUUUUACAACUGGAUUUUCUUACCUACUCAGUUCAGGGAGCCUUGUCGUUUUUAAGGUUAGAGCUGAUGUUACUGAGAGUUAUUUAUGACCUUGGUCUUUUUUUGUUAAAGAAUGAAGUCUGUUUUUAUCACAAUAGAAGAUUUUUUGGCUCGGA